AUGUGCGACACUUGGCCUAACGCUCUUCCAGCUGCCAUGACCCAGCUGGGUGACAAGGGCGACUUGCUUCCCUUGCUGGAGUUCCUGCAGGCGCUUGCAGAAGAGCCCUUCAGCCGACGUCUUUUGGUGGAUGGCUCACGCAGAAGCCGCUUUCUGCUGGCUCUCCUCGAUCGGCAGCCAGUGAUUUUAGCGGCUCUCGUCGAGGCAGUUCGGCGCUCGGCGAAUGAGGCCACGCUGUCCGCUGCAGCAGCAUGGCUGCGGGCGCAAAGCCUGUACGAGGAGUGGCUGCCGAUGAUUGGCGUUGAUGCACCUGGAAGAGGAGUUCACUCGGCGCUUACCACACUAAGCCCGAUCUUUCAGGGCGAGGUUCUGCGUGUUGCCAAGCUGGAGUGCGGGCUUCCUGCGCUGGAGGCCUCUGCAGCCCUGGUUGCUGCAGCGCUGCCUCUUGUCGGCUCUGCCUUUGUGCCUGAUACGGACCCGAGACGCCUGCCUGACAGGAUCCUUGGGCCCCUUCUCGCUGCCCUGGGAGAGCUUUGCCGCGGCCUGCAGGGCAUGCCUCACGCUGGAGUUCAGCCAACUGAUGCGGCGGACGUUGCCGGGGUGCUCUUGACGGUGCUCCACUCUGCUUUCUCCUUGCCUCUGACGCUCUGUUCGGAGUCACUCCUGCCAGUGCUCACCGAAAUGGGUGUGAGGCUGCUUGUGGUCACGGGCCCCAGAGGAGGAGUCGAGGUGGAUGUGGAAGGAGGUCUACUGGGCAGAGCCUUCGACGCUUGGGAGGUCUUGGCCAAUGGGUUACGGUCUGAGCCGUCGUCUGCCUCAUUGGAUCUUGCUGCUGCCACAGCUUAUGCUCAGCUCCUCUGUGCCCUACCGGUGGCUCUGAAGCUUCCAUUGGACCUGCCCGCCGACCAGGGCCCGAAGGCUGCUGCUUGGGGCGUGCGUGGGCGGAUUGCACAGGUGCUGACGGUGUGGUGUUCAGGUGCUCCUCAAAGACAAGGAGAGGCCGUUGCCAAGCUGCGUGAGCUUCAGGUCCAAUCUGGCUCUGCUGCGCUCGACACGGCAACUGGGCUCGCUGACUUGGAGAUGGUGCUCACCUUUGGAUCAGCUGUUGCAGAGAUGUGUGCGAGCACUGCAGAGAUGGAGAGCGAGCUGCCGGUACCCCUGACGCAUCUUCUGAUGGGCCUUCCGCGCGUGAUCGCAUUGCAGCCUGCCGAGCCCUGGGCAAGCGUCUUGGAAGCUUCCGCGGCCGAGCUGAUUUGUUCGCUGGACACAUGGAUUUCAUCAGACCGGUAUCCGCCAACCGGCGAAGUUGGCAGACUCCUGCUGACCUGUAGCUUCCAGCUUGCAAGCUCUCCGAGAGCUACAGCUCCAGCCAUCGAGUCCCUGUGCGUCGUGGUCUCCAACUUCUCUGGUGCCCUGGCUCAGCGACCGGAGCUGGCGGAGCCGUGCUGUCGUCGCCUCACGGAUCUUUGCAUCGGGCAGAAUCCUCUUGGGGCCACUUCACGGGAGAGAGCGGCUCGCUCAGCACUGGCGCCACUGCUGUCUCGACUGGAGGAGGUCGAGGCCUUCGUGGCCCCGCUGCGGUCUGCAGCACCUCCCAGUGCCGACCCAGCUGGCCUCGUGCAGCGAGUGGUGCUGUGGCGCCUUUUCUUCAACCUGCUGGCCUCGACGGAGCCAGCCCGACCUGAACUUUCGUUGGAGUGGCUUUCGCAGCACUGGCCCUGGAUGGAAGCAGCCCUUGGCUGUCACAGCGAGUCUGCAUGCGAGGCUGCAGUUACGCUCCUAACAUCUGUGCUGUCGCGGACACGGAACAGCGAGGCCUCGCAAUCAGUCCUCCUGCAGGCAUUCCCAGUACUGGCACAGUCGGCAGCAGAGCGUGGCAGCGCUACAGCUCUGCAGGGUGUGGUCAGCGUGACCCGCAUGUUCCGCGGUGGGACAACGACAGAAGCUGCUAACUUUAUGGCGCAGCACAUCUUGGCCAUUGCGCGACGGCUCCUCCCAAGCCUAGCCAAAGCGCAGGAUUUACCACCAGACCUCCUGGCAGCACUGCUGGAGGCAUUUACAGUUGCCUUGGCGCCGCGAUGCAAGCUGCUGGCCUCGCAGCUGAUGGCGUCCCCUGAGAUACUGGCUGCUCUACUGCAGCCGGUCUGUGGGCUUCUAUGCAACUGCGCAAGCCCACGACUGGCGUGUUGGAGCUUGAUGCUCCUGGACCGUUUCCCUGCGUGGUUGCAACAUGCGGAGACCGCCGCAAGCGCGAGGAAGCUCCUGGAAAUCUCCCUUCCUUGGGCAUGCGAGGCCUUCCUGAGCCUGCUUUCCUCAGCGCCGGUGGUCAGAGACACGGAGGUUUCGCAGACCCUGGCGCAAGCUCUGAUUUCGAUUCAUCGGGCUAUGGGGUCGUCUUUCACGGCGGCCAUGGCGCGAGGUCUGAGCGCAUUGGGCCUGCAGGAGGAGGGCGGCUUCCUUCUGCAACAGCUCGCCGACUCAGGGCUCACCGAGGAGACCCUGGCAGAGGCCCUGCGCGAUGCUGCCGAUGCAUGGCAGGCCGAGGAGCUUCGGAAACUGUCCGCAUGA